AUGAGCUUCACAAGUUACAGUCGAUAUGAAGAACACGAUGGCGAUGGCAAUUCCUAUUCACACAGCAGCAUUGUGGUUCACGAAUUGACCGAUGGGGAGACCAAUGCACUUCUUGCCAAUGAACACGUCAGCACUCCCAGCCUAUCACCGAGCAUGUUACAAGCUCCUCAGCCUGAUUAUGAGAUUGAAAGCGGUUCAUCAGAAGCAGAAUACGAUAGCGACUUUAUCUUUACCGAUGAUGAUGAUAGCGAUGAAUGGGACAUGGAUCAUUGGUUUCCUUCACUCUUUCGCAAGUCCAUUAUUGAGUAUCUGGAGGAGGACGAUGAAGACGCUGUGAUGCUGGACCAUCCAUUUGAUAUCCUAUCCUCGAAUGAAGUGGCCGAAAUUGAAGAAGCCCAUGAUGAUGAUGAUGAACAACCAAUAAGAUCGGGAGGAAGACAUCAUCAACAAAGUACAACAACAACAUCAUCCCCGCGUAAACGAUCCAAGCAUAGACAUCAUCGUCAUAAGAGGAACCACCAUCACCAUGACGACGACGACGAUAAUGAACAACAACCAACCGAUGAUACACCCGUUCCAGUAGUUGUCCACAUUGUGAUGUAG